AUGCCUCCUCUAGAAAUGUCUCAGAGUACAUGCGCCUAUAUUUAUCCUGCGGCAGUUCAAUCGUACAAGCACUUUAUAGAAGUAUACCUUCUAAAAGAGCUAAGUUCGUACGAGCCACAGGAGUCAGAUACCCUUCAACUUGCCUUUCAGGUACAGGGAAUAAACCCAGUCUAUCUUCCUGACUCGUACGACAGGCCUCAGUCAACCAACGAUAUCCUGCAGCACUUUGAAGGGAAAAAUAGCAAGGGAAUCUUUGUUAUUAUUACCAGAACUGUCUCUGACCCCUCUGCUGCACCUGAUGCAGAACCAAAGGCAAAACAGACAAAAAGAACAACCAAGCGUCAAUCCUCCGUACGAGUAUCUAAGGUCAAGCAGGAGCCUGAGAUCAAGCAAGAACCUGAGGUAAAGCAGGAGCUUGAACAGGAUAUAACUGUACAAGAUAAAAAUCUUAAAGUGGUUCCUGGGCCUGCUAUACGGAAGAAACGCUCAUUUUCGGUUGCAUUAAAAGAGAAGAAGGAGCCUGAUAGUGAUACUCAGGAGAAGGAUACAGAGCAGGAAUCAUUAGAGUUGCUAUUUGUCCCUGAGGAGAAGGAUGGAGUGGCUUAUCGUACAAGAAAGCGCCAUAUCCUCCAGCAGGAGGAUAUUGAGCGCUCUGCAGAGUUUGGCAUUCCAGUUUAG